GACAAGCAGUUCACAAAUUCACUCUUCCAUCGUUCAUAUUCGUCCCCUAUCGUAUUCUUAUACUCUUCUCCAGUUUUCAAUUCGUAAUACUCCUCAUGAAGAUUUGAUUGUUCGAUAAAUUGAAGAACAACACCUGUAUUCACCAAUCAUCAUUCGUCAGUUAUCAUAUUGAAUUUCGAUUCAAUUAUAGAAUUGUAGAUCUACACUAAAUUGCAGUCAAAUUAAGCGAAUUUCUCGCAUUGGAAGAGCCCUGGGCUAGGAAGUAAAUUGACGUCAAAGACGAUGAAAGCGGCAAAUUCAGAAGCAGGGUUUAAUCUCUAAUGUCUUUGUCAAGCGUGAUGUCCGGGUGUGCAAGUAGUGACAAUGUGGGAGGGUUUAGUAUGGGUGGUGGCAACAACCAACUGCCAAAUUCAGAACCAAUCGAAAUGAAGAUAAUAGAAGAAAUUGAGGAGAAAUGGACGCAGUUGAAUGGUAUUCAAGAUCAUAAUAAGGAUCAGAACAAGGGAAGAGCUGAAGGGGAGUACCGAAAGGCAAAAACAUCAGUGUGGUGGGAUAUAGACAAUUGCGAUGUACCCAAAAAAUGUGAUGCCCAGAUGAUUGCCCAAAAUAUAACUUCUGCCCUUCUCAAAUUGGAUUAUGGAGGUUCCGUUUCAAUAUCUGCCUAUUGUGAUACUAAUCGUCUUCCUUCGGCUAUUCAGCAUGCCCUUUCUUCCACUGGCAUCUCUCUUCAGCAUGUUCCAGCUGGUGUUAAAGAUGCUAGUGACAAGAGGAUUUUAGUUGAUAUGUUGUUAUGGGCUGUUGACAACCCUGCUCCUGCUAAUUAUCUUUUGAUUUCUGGUGACCGAGAUUUUUCAAAUGCUCUUCAUCAGUUGCGUAUGAGAAGAUAUAAUGUCCUUCUUGCUCUACCCUUCCAAGCAUCUUCAGUACUUGUUGCUGCUGCUAAUAGUGUGUGGUGUUGGACCAGUCUGGUUGAUGGUUUCCCUCCUCUCACCGAAAUGGACUCCCCUCAGACCAAUGCUGCAAGGAAUUUCCAGGGUAAUGUGGGGGAACUUGAGAAUAACCAGAGGCAGAACUUGCAACAAAAAAAAGACAAAGCUAAAAUGGGUGGAUGUGGAAAGUGUCCUACCGAUCAUCGAGCAAGAGAUUGCCAAGGACCUCAGUGUUAUAAAUGUGGAAAGUUUGGGCAUAUGAAGAAUGAAUGCGACAGCCAGCCUGCGGGCCAGAAGAAUACGCAAAAUCCAGUUAACAAGAGUAAUUUUAGCGACAAAAAAGACAAUAAUAUCUUCAAUGCUAGUGAGAACAAUUUUCAAGAAAACUUAAACACCAGUGCAAAGAAUGGCCUAGGUGAUAGUCAAAACAUCAAUGGAAAUCAGGCACAACUUGAACAAGGAGUGAAUCCCUUAUUCAUAGCAGCCAAUAAUGCAAUUAAUGAAAGAGGAAAGAAAACCAGAACUUAUAGCUAUAGGAGGCAUUCUUUGAAUCAUCCUGGAAAAGAUUGCCAACGGAAUAAGGUGCAGUGUAAUUACCGUGGGAAGCUUGGGCAUUGCAAGUAUGAAUGCUAUAAACACCGUCGUGAUCAGAUUCAGUCAAAUCAAGUCGGCAAUAUCUCCAAUGCUACUGAGAACAACGUUCAAUCAAACGGAGCCUCCUGUGCAAACAAUGGCAAAUGUGAUCAACCAUCACUUGAAGAAGAAGAAGGCAACCAUGAAAGAACACCCUCGUCAAUAGCAACCGACAAGGCAACUCAUGAAGGAGCAACUAACCAAAGAAUUAACCCGGUGCAGUGUCAUAACUCUUGGGAAUUCGAACAUCUUAAGCAUAGUUGCGGUAAGCAGCCUAUGAACCAUCAGAAUCAGCCGAUGCAUGACCAUAACGACUAUCAAGUAGGUGGUCCUAUCAUUGUUACGAACCAGCAGAAUCAGCCGAUGUAUGCACCACUUGAACAUGGAGGCAGCCAUAACGGCGCAAACAACAAUGAUCAAGUAGGUGGUCCUAUCGUUAUGAACCAAAAUCAGGCCUCUACAUCGGAAACAUUGUCUAGCAAUGGAGUGUUAUGGGGAGCGUUGUCUUUUCUUCAAAGAUGCAAUUUUAUAGGGAGUAGAAAAAUGUAACUUAAUUUGACGCAUUCCAAUUCUGAUAGCAAACGUCUUGGUAGUGUUUGUAAUGGGCAUUAAACUGAUGCCUGAUAAUUGAGUAAAUUUUUUUGCACUUUUGAAUAAAUACAUUGUGUUCUAUCA